UGACUAACUUGACUAAUCUAACAUAACCUCAAAUAAAAAGUUAAAAACAUCAGCUUUUUGAAUAUAUUUUAAUUUUUAUUUUAACAGGAGCCUAGCCGGGCAUUUUUUGACUAAAAUUCAUUUCAACGGAAAACCCCAUAGUUAACUAGCACAAGAAUUUUUCAUUUUCAACCAUGAACCAAUCAGAAAUUUCAAAGUUAGUAUCGCAGUUAAAGAUCAGGGUCCCACCAAGACUCAGGAAGUUCAGGUGCCCUCAAGGGCCCGAAGGGCGCUUAGACAAAAUGCGUAAAACUGUAACUGCACUUGUCAAACAUGAAAGGUUAGAACUAAAUUAUCCCAGAGCAUUUGAAGCAAGAAUGUAUGCAGAACGGCUAAUAUCUGAUGCAAUUAGGUAUGGAGAUUGCCAUAAAACAACAAUGGAAAUGGCAGAUUAUUGGCUUAUGGAAAAACAGUUGGUGCAUAAACUAUUCAAAGUACUUGCACCUAGAUAUGAGAAUUAUUCUGUAGCUGUUACGAGAAUAUUAAAAGCACCUAGACCAUAUCCAGGUCCAGAACACAAAAAAGCAAUUCUGGAACUAAAGGGAAAUCCAUACCCCUCCCUACUACCUGACACAAUAAGCAACAAAAAUCUGAUUCACAAUAUCUUACUGAAUGAAGCCAAAAAGUCUUACAGAGCAAAAAAAUAUGCUGAAAUUGCAGCAAAAAUUAAUUCUGUUGAAACUAUUAGUGAAUCAGAGCCUAAUAAAGUUGAGACACCAGACGCUGUGGAGAAAGUUAAAGAUAGUAAUACAGACAAUAGUGAACUUAAGAAGGAUUAGAAAAGGCUCAUAUUACUGAGACAAACACUUUUGUAAAUAUAAUAUCGUAUAAGUGA